AUGAAAAAAAACUUGUCAUUUAAAUCGACUCCAAUUAAAAAAAAUUUCUGUUCUUCUGAAAUCAGUUCGUGGGUGUAUACAUAAUGAAUUCAGCAUUACUCAGUGGUUGAAUUCGAAUACACACCGAGAUCAAUCGAUAAUGUAAUUAAUUCAUUUGAGAAUGACGCAUUGUAAAUUGAAAAGUGUGAUCGGAAAAUAACUGCAUUGUUUACGACGAAUUGAUAGGGCCAGGGUUUCGGGAUGUAUCGAGUGCAUUGUUGCUACUUCAGGGGCAACCUUGACUGAUAAUAUUCGAUAACGACUAAUCAUUUAUUGAGAUGGGUUACCGGCACAGACGGAGGUCAGCUGGAAUCAGGAGUGUCACAACAAGACGUGCUAUUGUGAAAUCGACCAACAGCUGUUUCACUGGAUGGCUCAGCAUAAUUUUCCACCUCUGAAGAAUGACAGGUUCUUACGAGCAGCCAGAGGAGAAGACGUUGAUAAAAUACCCGUGUGGAUAAUGAGACAAGCUGGGAGAUAUCUGCCUGAGUUCAGGGAAUUCCGAACGAAACACGAUUUUUUCACUAUUUGCCAAACACCUGAGUAUGCGUGUGAGGUAACACUUCAACCGAUAAGAAGAUUCGAAUUGGAUGCGAGUAUAAUUUUCUCGGAUAUCCUUGUGAUACCACAGGCUAUGGGGCUCACUGUAGAAAUGCGACCUGGAGUGGGUCCAGUGCUGCCGGAGCCGUUGGCAAAUCCAUCUGACAUGUCAAGAUUGAAGCGACCAGAUGUCGAGAAAGAUCUUGGAUACGUUGGAAAGGCUAUAACCCUUACGAGGCACAGUUUGGAGGGAAAAGUUCCUCUCAUCGGAUUCACAGGGGCCCCUUGGACUCUGAUGGGCUACAUGAUCCAGGGGGGUGGCAGUUCAACAAUGGCACAGGCCAGGUCGUGGCUGUACAGAUAUCCAGAAAAAUCCAUCGAAUUGCUACAACUUAUUACUGACAUAGUCAUUGAAUAUCUUGUCAUGCAAGUCAAAGCUGGAGCUCAGGCUCUACAAAUUUUUGAAAGUCAUGCAGAUUACCUGAAUGAUGAAUUAUUCAAAAAAUAUUGUUUUCCCUUUGUUAAACAAAUCAGUGAGAGAGUCAGGGCUAAAUUGGACGAACUGAAGAUUGCAAAAGUGCCAAUGAUUGUUUUUCCAAGGGGAGCAACAUUGAAUUCCUUGGAGCUUCUAGCCAAAGAUCAUAGCUAUGAGGUGAUAGGGGUAGAUUGGAAUGUGGAUCCAGUUGAAGCAAGACAGAGAUUUGGUCCUGAUGUCACUGUACAAGGGAACAUGGAUCCGUGUGCAAUGUAUGCUAAUGAGAACGAGGUUUUCAAACGGGCGAAGGAGAUUGGCGAAAAAUUCGGAAAAACCCGUUAUAUCGCGAAUUUAGGUCAUGGAAUACUUCCGGAUACUCCCAUCGUUUCGGUGGAGGCAUUUAUAAAAGGUGUGCAUUCCGUUUGAUAGGAGAAAAUUCAACGGGCAGUUAAUAAGGCGUUUGUAAUUGAUCUGAUGAAUAUUUGGGGAUUAUUAUUGUUGUUGGUGCGGGAGAAUCGAGUCUUUCAAUAAAUUAUAUUGAAACGAACGAAGAAUGUCCUUUUGCUUUUUACUGCUGUAUUGA